AUCGGUGGUUUUAUAAAAAAAAAAUCCCAUGUAUAUUUUUUUAUGUUUUAUAAUUUACAUAUAGAGUAAAAUAUAUUAUUUUAUAAUAUAGAUGUAUAUUUUUUUUUUAUUUGUACACAAUAUUAUAUUAAAAAUUCUAUAACUUGAUAUAAUUAUACUAUUCAAAUAUUAACUUGUUGAUUUUUUUGUUCAUUUAUUUUUAAAUGAAAUAACAUACUAAAAUUUUUAAUUUUUUGCAUUACCCAUUAUUAAUAUUGUACGAAUAUUAACUAAAUUGAUUAUACUAAAAAGUUAUCUCCCUUUACUACAGGCGAUUUAGUUAAUAUCCGUACAAUAUUAAUAAUGGAUAAUAUAUGAAUAUUGAUUUGUUUAGAUAAUCUUUGGAAUUGUAAUUAAUUUAAAUUUAUUUUAAAUAUAGUGACAGAAUCUGUAAAUAAAAAAAAAUACAAAAAUGAAGUACCUAAUUUAUUGUAAAUACAACGGUUAAAUGUGUAAAUAAAAUGAAGUACUAAAAAUACUAGUAUCCAUGUUUCCAAACAAUUUUUAUUUAUACUGUUAUUUAUGUUUACAAACAAUACCAAAAUAUACUUUAAUUUUAAUAAUAUAGAUGAAUAUUUAAGGUUGCUUGAUUAGAGAAUCUUUAUUAAAAUUCUUCACUUAGAUUGUUGUUAAUGCAUGAACUUGAUUGAUCACCUAAUUCAUGAUCUUAGUUUAAUUUAAUGCAGCUGGAGUUAAUUUGAUUGCUUGAAAAUAAUCUAUGUGAGCAAAUCAUUCUUAUCCAACGAGAAUUGAUGUUAUUGUGCUUUGCAAACAUAUCAAAACUCGAACCUAAUUCAUAUAUAAUCUUUUAAGUUUAACAUUAUCUAGUUCUCUAGGUUGCUAGACACUAUGAUUGGAGAAACAAAAAAUAGAAAGAUUAUACAACUCUGUUUUGAUUUCUAAAGUGAUGUUUAAUUGAUUGUUUGAUAAAUUGUUUACAUUCAUGAUAUGUUUUCUUGCAUUUCUCUAAUACUUAACGCUUUUUGUAUAUAAGUUUUAGCUUUGAUUGCAAUGUUCAUAUUGUAUAUUAAAUUUCUGCUUAGUAUUAGGAAAACAAAAACAAAUCUCUUUUUGUCUUAGUUUGACUGCACUCUAACAAAUUUGUUGUGUAACUUUAGUUUACGUUGAUUUGAUUUUUUCUCUACUAUUGUGAUUUAUUGUGUACUUCCAGUAUAAUUAAAAAGUUAAAACUUAAAACUCUGAGCUAUCACUGAGAUGGAUCAUAUCAAUAUAUUGUACUCGGAUAAGUUGCAGGCAUAUAUUAGAAUGAUUAUUAGACUGAUUAUUAUACGGGGUUAUAUAAGGAUAUCUCAUCACAUAAAAAACCAGUGUAUAUUUCAAGAAAGAGCUCCAUACUUUGCGUCUUUUUAUUAUUAUUAUUUUAUAUGUACUUUGAUUUAUAUGUUAAUAUAAUAUCUAUAUAUAUAUAUAUAUUAAUUAUAUUUGAAUAGAUGCAGUCAUGAAUCAUGACAAAAGAGUAUUCGACAUACGGAGAAUAUACCUGCUUAUCUAAAUACAUGUGCAUGGAUCAACCAGGCCAUGCUGUCUAUAUAUACAAAACUAUAUUUAUUUAAGUAAGAUCUUUUUAUUAAUAAAGGUAUAUUUCAAAUCUAUAAAGAGGUACAAACUAAUUUCUAAAAAGAAAUGCAACUCACGGAUAAAUCAGGAAUAUGCAAAUGUGCCGAAAAUAGAGAUCUAUAGUAGUGUAGGUGUUUAAAAAUAUAAUGUAACUUAGUUUCACUCAAUAAGUGUAUCGAGUUUAAAAUAUGUUGAUGCCUCAAAUCAAUUUUUUACGACUAGACCACAAAGUUCCAGACAUGUGGAACAAGGGUUUCAUGAACAAGAGAUGUGUACACAUAAAAUGUGGAAAACGGUAGCGUAAUAAUUGUAGAUUGUGAUGUUAAUUAAGGAGGAAAUAUGAUACGAAUGAAAUUAAGUCUAUGAAUACUCAUGUCAAACGCUUACUGUUCUAUAUAUGCAAUUUUGGACUCGUCAAUAUAUCGUGUGUGUAUAUAUAUAAUCAAACUUAUUAUCUAUUAAAAUAGAAAUCAUGGUUUUUUUUAUGUGUGAUAUUUCAAAAUAGACCUCUUUAAAAAAGUGGUUUACAUUAUUAAUAAUAAAAUCCUAAUAAUAUAUUUAGCUCUAUAUUGUUUCCCUUCUAUUUAUAACUAACUUUUGUUUGAAUAAAACAUCUAAACUAUUGUACAUUGAUAAGAAUGAGAUUAUAGUGAUAUUAAUAUACGAUCAACAAUUGUCUUAUUUCAUUUAUAGUUCAUCUAUAAACAGUUCAUCUAUAAAGCUAUAUAUUUACUGUGUAUAGUUCUUCUUGCUCUGUAAUACGUGAGUUAAUAAUUCAAACACAUGACUGAAUACCAUAAGAGUAUUAACUCAUGUCCAUAAGGAUUACCGACAGCAACAAAAUCGUUCUAUGUUCAGAACUAAGUAAUCAUCUUCACAGUAUUACUUCUAUUUCUUAGGUUGGAGAAUCGAUCGUUAGAUUAGAGAUCAAAAAGGAAGACGAGAGAAGAUGACUAAUAAUAGGAAAAGUCAUAUUAAUUUGAUUGGUUUGAAACAAUUGAUAGAAUGACAAAUAUGCAAAUUAAAAUAUUAUUGUAUUUGAGAAAAUUAUAUAAAUAUUUAAAAACAUACUGAAUAUUAAGAAUAUAUUACAUUAAUGAUAAAAAUGAUAACAAAUAUCUGUGCGGUUGCGCGAGUCAAGAUCUAGUUUAGUUUUAAAUAUUAAUAAAAAAGAAUUAAGUAAAUAAUAGUCGAUGGACUUGAUUGUUCCAAACCAUAUAUUUAUCUAUGUUUGAAUCCACAAAUCAGAAUAUUAUGCUCACAUUUACAAUAAAAUAUUUGUAGCAAACAUCAUUACUUACUAGGUAUUUUUCUACACUAUGUGCAGUGAUAAAUUUUUAAAUUUAAAUUAUAUUUUAAAAAAAUUAUUGUCCUUUUAUAUUUUAUUAUUUUCUUUCAAUAUGUUAAUAUAAAUUUUAAUUUAAUUAAACAUAAAAUUAAGAUAAAAAAAUAAAUUAUUUAUUUUAAAUUAUAUUUAAAAAUAGGUAUGUAUAUAUUUAAAAUUAUAAUCUUAGAUAGAUUUUUAUCUAUUUGUUUUGGAUAAAAUAUAUUAAAUCAAAUUGUAUAAAAUUAAUAAAAAAUUUGAUAAAAAAGUUGUAUAAUUAUCAAAAAGUACAACUAAACAGUAUUUCAAAAAUUUGUAAAUAUAUAAAAGAAGCUAAAAAGUGUAAAAGAAUUGAAAAUCUUUUUAGUAAUAAAAUUGUAUAAUAAUAAAAUUUUUGAAAUCAAUAAUAUUUCGAAAAUUUUAAAAUAUUAUUAUAUGUUAUUUAAUGUGAAUAAAUUUACUUUAAUGAUGAUGUAUAAUUAAUUUAUUAUCAUAUUCUAAAAAAUUUACCAAAAGUAUAAAUAAAUAUUACAUAUAAUUGUUCAUAUCAUAUUUAACUAUAAUUCAUGUCAUUAAUUCUAGCAUGCCGUGACAUAUUUAUUUAGUGAAACUGAUUGUAGAGAGUACGUGUCAAAAUAAUUUUGCAAAUAAUAUAUAGGGGAAAGAUUAUAACGUAAAAAAAAUGAUUAUAACGUAAAUAAACAUGCUUCUUCUUUUUGUCAAAUAUAAACGCAAAAGGAAAAAGAGAAAACAAUCAAAUAACUGAAAUCUUAGUAAGUUUAAAGUAAAACAUUGUAGUACAGGGGAAACUGCAAUGUAGUACUGGGAAAAUUAUGAUGGAAGAAACGUGUUGAGGGAAUAUUUUCAACCAGAAAGAGAUAGGUGUAUAUACAUGGUCUGAUACCAAAGGACCAUUAUCUUUUCGUUCUUUAAUUUAAUUUUGCUUAUAAGAAUUUGGAACCUUUUUGGAUCAGACACUAUAAAUUAGAAUCUUGGACUUGGCCCAUUGAUCGGUCAAAAGGUGGUCUCCUAAGUGUAGGUUCCAAAAACUUUAAACCUCAAGAAUGCCAUCCUCAAGAGAAAUAAUUAAAGUAAAAAUUACAGUUUAAAACAUGUGUUAUAUAUCAUCGUGUUGUCUUAUUUAUAUUAACAGUUUGUCACUCAAUGUUCCAGACAUUAUUUUAACGGCAUUUCCAUUGAAUUGAAAAUUCUUAUUGUUUUAAUAAGAAACGUGGUUGUUUCUAACGAAUUCACACACACACGACAAAAUAGAAAGAAUUGUGAAGUGAAAAUUUCACAGAACACGAAAACAUGUCUAUUAGUCAUCUACAUCAGUGGUUUCUUAAAAAAAAAUCUUUCUAUUAAAAAAUAAAAAGUACAAAUUAGUUUUUAACAACUUUUAGGAUCUCUUAUUUGAAAUAUGUGACUCUCAUUCGAUCGAAAACAUGUUACUGUCAUUCAAAUUAAUUUUUUUUUCAGAUUAAAUAUUAAAUACAUACAAUAUCAAAUUAAAUUAUUAUUAUUAUUAUUAUUAUUAAGAAACCCAAAUAGAUAUUUAACUAUUCAGAUUGCUUUUAUAUUGUAAGUUUUGACUAGAGCUUAUCUAACUUUGUAUUUUUGUAUGUUUUAUCGGCUUAUUCGAUCAAUUAUGAUAUAAAUGCAUUUAGUAUUAUAGAGUGGAUUUUUUUUAGAAUGACAGCUAUAUUACAUGAUUUGAGUUUGAAAUGUAUUCGGACUAAUGUGAGAGAGUUAAUUAAAUCGUAUGUUACCAGAACUACCAGAAGCCUAAUUCUUAAAUUUUCAUAUAAUUGUGAUUUUGUUUCAAGGGAAGAUCGAUCGAAACCCAGGAAAGUGUUUUAACAGGUUCCUAAGUCUCGCCUACCAUGACCACAGUCACGCAGACGGAUUAGGGUUUUUUUAGUAGUACAAUUUAGUAUUUUUGAACAGUAUGCUACCUUUUGAAAAGAUAAAUACUUCAAUUUUCUAAUGUUGAAGUUGAUAAAGCAGAAUUACUCAAGUGUUCUUAGUAGUAUGUUUUGUUCCAUGCAAAUACUUGGCGGUCGUUUAGUUACUUACCCCUUGAGCUUUUCUUGUUUAAAAGCUCGUUGGGCAUCAAAGCUCACACACACGUGCACACAUAUGCUAGUAGCUAGAGCAUCUUCGUUAUCGUCCAAAACACAGGAGAACUAAAAUUGUGAUUCUUUUUACCAUGAGAAGCGACCCCACCGCAUUAAGGCAUCUACUUCAAUUUAUGUUUGUCUGUUCUCGUAAUAAUCCUAUCAAAAAUCUAAAAGGUCGUAUAUGAGAAUGGUCAGUUCUUCUUUUCUUUUCCUUCUUCUACAUACAUCUAUAAAUACCUUCUUACACCUUCUCCAUUCUUCACACACAAGCUAUAAUACAAAAGAAUACUCAUCAAAGCAGCUGUUUAAAAUCGCCUUACUCUUAAGUUGUUAAGUUUUUGUUGGAAUUUCCCGACAAGUACCAUGGACUACAGAUCAUCUAUAGAAUCAUCAGAAACCCUAAGGUAGCCAUUUUUUCAUCCUACGCGUGUUGUACCAUGGAUCAUCGUUUAAAAUAUUAAAAAAGAAGACUCAUGGAGCGGCAUGCAAUAUCAUACCCAAAUUCUAUAUGUGAUAAAAUGAUUAAAACUAAAAAAAAAGGUAAAUAUAUUUAUAUAUGUACACGUGCAGGAACAAGUGCGCAGCUUGUUAUAGGCAAUUCAACAAAAUGGAACAUUUAGUGGUGCACAUGAAGAUCUCUUAUCACUCCGGUCAUGAGCCUACUUGUGGCGUUUGCAAGAAACAUUGCCGAUCUUUUGAGUCCCUCCGGGAACAUCUCAUAGGACCAUUGCCAAAACAAGAAUGCAAGAACAUUUUUAGCCUUCGCGGAUGCAGAUUCUGCAUGAUGAUCCUGGAAAGCCCGAACGCUCGUAGGACCCAUCAAGAGAGAUGUCAAUUUUCGAGCGCCAAUGCUGGAUUGACGACUCGUAUGGCGGCCUUAGGCCUAAGAGAUAAGGCCAUGAUCGACUACACGUCCUCGCGGUCCCCAAAAGUGGUUGCACUCUCUUGCAAGAUGGUAGGAGGAGGAAGCGACGGGUCGUUGGAUCUAUGCGCAAGGGUCUGCAUAACGGAUGAGAGUGACAACGUUGUGUUCCACACGUACGUGAAACCGUCAAUGAUCGUGACGAACUAUAGGUACGGGACGACCGGGAUACGUCCGGAGAAUCUAAGGGACGCCAUGCCGUUGAAACAUGCUCAAAGAAAGAUCCAAGAAUUUCUUUGUAAUGGAGAACCUAUGUCGAAGAUUCGUCCAAGAGGUGGGAGAGGGAGGAUUCUCGUGGGACAUGGGCUCGACCACGAUCUUGACCGCCUUCAACUUGAAUAUCCUUCUUCCAUGAUGAGGGAUACUGCAAAAUACCUUCCGUUGAUGAAAACAAGCAAGCUGAGCAAUUCGCUCAAGUACUUAACCCAAGCCUAUCUCGGGUAUGAUAUUCAUGUUGGGAUACAAGACCCAUACGAAGAUUGUGUAGCGACAAUGAGGCUGUACACAAGAAUGAGAUAUCAGAAACACAAGACUGAAGCUUAUCCUCAAGCUGCCGACGCACAGAACCGUAGCAAUCAAGUGGCUUGGCGGCAGAACGAGGUCGAGAGGAUGUCUCCUGAUGAAAUGCUCUCCAUCUCUCGCUCCGACUACUAUUGCUGGUGCUUGGACUCCCUCGCUUGAUUUCUAAAACUAUGGAGCUAAUUUGAGUAAUCUCUCACAACUAUAACACAAACUUUUUUCGAGAUUUUAAUCUAGUACCGUGACGUCGAAUAAGCAUUAUUUCUGAUUUCUAUUAGUAUAUAAAAUUAAUAGUAUGUCGUGUUUGAUGCGGAUAUUGUUCUUGUACUUGUAAUAAUGAAUUGUUCUUAAUUAUUAAUUACUUAAAAAACUUAAUUACUAAUCACUUGUUAGCUUUUGUCUAUAAAUACACAGACAUAAAUAAAUAUAAAUAUAUAUAUAUAUAUAUAUAUAUAUAUAUAGUAGAGAAAUUAGGCCACAUAUACCUAGAAAAAUUCAUAAUUAAGUAAAUACUCUAAAUACUAUUGAUACUUCUAAAUCCCAAUAUUGUCCCUGCCCUUAUCCUACCCCAUAUCUCUGCCCCUACCCUGCCAGUUCCUUCCCAUUCUUCUUCCUUCUACCUUUUGUAUCUCGCUAAAUUUUUUUACCGAAUAAUAAUAUGCUGGCUCUUUCUUCUUUCCUAAUCCAUUAUCACAAUAUUUUUUUUUCUCUUUUCUAUUUCCACAGUUGUGGAUCCAACAAAAUUAUCUCAUCGAGGUAGGAGAGAAGAUUAACUCCUAACACAACCAAAAAUUGAUUGAACCAAAUCUCUCGCCGCGAACCGAGAAGAUUGAAUUUCUGCAGAACUGGAUGCUCAGAGUGAAGAAAAAAUACAAGAUCUAGUUUUUGAUUGAUGGAACUUCGGUGAGAACUUCCCUGCACACGACAGAGAAAUAAACGAAGAGAGUAAGGUAUAUAAUCUAAUAGCUGGUAGUUUACAUCUUACGUGCUAACCAUUGCCCAAAAUUGUUAUUCAUAGCAUCAUUGGUUGUAUCUAUAGAAAAUUAGUUCUUGACUAAAGUUGUUUCAAUGGUCGGUAUCAUUCCUAGUAUUGAUUAACUUUAAUUUUAACAUAGCUGGAACUGCUGUUAUCAUUUAUAAUAGACACUAACUAUGUGCCUUGCAUUACUUUAUCGUUAGCAUGUAAAUAUUUUCAUCUUACGCUAAAUAUAUGCCUCACAUUGACAUUAUUAGGUGUUAGUAUUUAUAUUAGCCGUUACUACAAAAGUUAGCAGUGACCUCAUUUGUAUCAUAUAUAAAUUAAUAAGCUACAUCUAAAUUUAUGUUUUACAUGUUAAAUAACAUAUCACAAUGAGGUCACUGCUUUUGUUACUUGUUAGUUAUAAUUUUUUCAUAAACAAGUUUAUUCACUAACAACUCAUAUAAACCAGAAAUUAGAUUUAUGUCAUUGUUAACAUUACUUGAUACCUACAUCAUUAUCUGUCUAAUAUAUAUUAUUUAAUGCUAACAUUUUCCUUAAAGCUUAACGUAAAAUGUUAACAUUAUAUGUUAUAGGAUAAAUACCGUUUUAGAGUUAUUUCAUUGUUAACAUUACAUGACAAAUGCAUCAUUAGCUGUUUAACUUAUCUAAUAUUUAAUGUUAACAUUUUACGUUAAAGCUUAACGUUAAAUAUUUUAAGAUAAAGCUUAACAUUAAAUCUUAACGUUAAAUAUUUUACGAUAAAGCUUAA